CACGAUGGAGAACCAGGACCUGACGGAGCGCCAGGAAUCGAUGCACCGCCUGGUGCAACACCGCAUCCCGAUUUUUGCUUUGACUGCCCAACAGGCCCACCAGGCCCAGCAGGACCACCGGGACCAAAAGGCCCACCUGGUCCAAUUGGACCUUCAGGCUCCGGUGGAAAACCUUCGCUGCCUGGACCACCUGGACCUCCUGGACCGCCAGGAAAUGUUGGUGCUCCCGGACCGGCCGGGCCGCGUGGACCACCAGGCCCACCAGGAACGGUUAUUGAAACAGCCGGCCCACCAGGACCUCCUGGACCAGCCGGCCCACGAGGACCACCGGGACCAAUGGGACCGAAAGGGCCUAGCGGUAAAGUUGGCGCUGCUGGUGCACAGGGUCCACCAGGCGAUCAUGGAAAAGAUGGUCCUGCGGGUAAGCCAGGAGGACCAGGUUCACAGGGUAUGGCUGGACAACAGGGCCCCAAGGGUAGUUGUGACCAUUGCCCACCUCCGCGAACAUCUCCUGGAUACUGAGAACAUUUUUUGCUUAUUAAUUAGAAUUUUUUUAGCUCCCUUCAUUCAUAUUGGCUGCUUGUCUUUCAUUUAG